CGAAACAAUGAUGACGCGCCCUCAUCGAGACCAUCUCUCUCUCUCUCUUUUCGACCCGGGGAAUAGCCACUACACGAAGAAAUAUAUUCAAUCGCGGAUGAACCCCUUUUCUUUGCCAGGCAGUAGACGUUAAUCACCUCAUAAAUCGUGCGUUCUCGUUCACAUCAGGCGACUAUUCCCACCGCUCGCCUGCAAGAGACGUACCUGAGCUAGCACCAGGUAGGGCGUUGCGGGUGGUUUCUUCCUUUCACAUGCAUUACUCUAGACAAGCAUCGCUCGAAGCAGCACCCCUGAACUAGAAAGUCGUCCAGACUUCCACGGUCCACCUCGCGCCAGAACCGGAACAAAUUCGCCAGACAUCACCUUAUGUUUAUUCCUCCUCUUUAAAAACUGCGGCUUCUCCCCGACUUGACUUGACUUGACUUGACUACACCUUAAUACUACUACCAAACGAAAGAACGAAAGAAACGAAAUAGGACUCAAUGGCUGAUCACAAAUACGACGUUGCGAUUGUCGGCGCGGGCAUCAUCGGGUGCGCGCUCGCUUCGGCUUUCGGAAAGCAGGGACGGAGGGUCCUCGUGCUUGAACGCGACCUCUCGGAGCCGGAUCGUAUCGUGGGAGAGCUGCUGCAGCCCGGGGGUGUAGAGGCCCUGGAGAAGCUGGGACUGAGAGACUGUCUCGAGGGCAUCGAUGCCAUUCCCGUCUACGGCUACCAAUGUAUCUACCAUGGCGAGCCGGUGACGAUUUCUUACCCGAGACAGAGCAAUGGGAAGAGACCGGAAGGCAGGAGUUUUCACCAUGGAAAGUUUAUUCAGAAGUUGAGGGCGGCGGCGAGGGCAGCUCCUAAUGUCACGAUGGUUGAGGCCACCGCCAAAGAUGUUCUCCGCGAUGAGGCAACAGGACAGGUUCUCGGAGUGGUCGCCAAACCGAAGGGCUCAACGACGAACGAGACCUAUCUUGCCUCCCUUACCGUCUCCGCCGACGGCUACGCCUCCAACUUCCGCAAGCGCUGCAACCUGCGGAAACCAGAAGUCCGCAGUACCUUCGUCGGGCUGCAACUGAUCGAUGUCGUCCUUCCCAAUCCCAACCACGGGCAUGUGAUAAUGGGCGACAACCCACCUGUCCUCCUCUACCAGAUCGGCACCCACGAGACUCGCGCACUGGUCGACAUGCAAUCUCUCCCGCCAUCGGGUUCCCUGAAAUCCUACCUCCUAGAGGUCGUCGCCCCCGACCUCCCAAAACAGAUCCAGGCCUCCUUCCGGAAAGCCGUCGAAGUCGACCGCCUCCCCAGCAUGCCGAACAGCUUCCUCCCAGCGGCACCAAACAACACACACGGAAUGAUCCUCCUCGGCGACGCCAUGAACAUGCGACAUCCCCUGACGGGCGGCGGCAUGACCGUCGCCUUCAAUGACGUCGUCCUCCUCUCGCAGCUCCUUGCGCCCUCGGUCGUCCCCGACCUGACCAACACCGACCUCGUCCUCGAACAAAUGCGCGCCUUCCACUGGGACCGCAAAGCGCUCAGCGGUGUCGUCAACAUCCUCGCGCAAGCUCUCUACUCCCUCUUCGCCGCCAACGACUCGCGGCUGCGAGUUCUCCAGCGCGGCUGCUUCAAGUACUUUCAGCUCGGCGGGAACUGCAUCGACGGGCCCGUCGGCCUUCUCGCGGGAAUCACGAAACGCCCGUUUGUGCUCUUCUACCACUUCUUUGCCGUCGCGCUGUACAGUAUCUUUUGCAUGUUCAAGAGCGUCACCCCGCUCAUUGGCUGGCCGGUCGCUUUCUUGAAUAGUAUCCUCGUGUUUUGGAAGGCGUGCGUGGUUAUCUUUCCGUAUAUUUUUGCGGAGUUUAUGGUUUAGGCUGGGAGGAAUAAUGGUUACAUGAACGCGGGAUGGGAUGGGAUGGGGAUAAUGAUGUAUUUUUUCUUUUUGAUGGUGAUGGGAAAGAGAACCGUAACGGUUUGUAAUGAUAGAAUAGAUUACCUAUGAUUGUAAUAAUGCGGAUAUGUGGAG